AUGGAGCCACGCGGAAAGAGACUUCUCGCAAGCGUGGUCGAUGACCUGGCUGAGCGAGAUGCUAACAGACGCUUUUCCGUCAUCGCAAAGGGCCCAGAAGUCUCCGAUGGCUUCCAGGCCGUGAACAUGCAAGACCUGUCUCGGGCAGUGAACUGCAUGUCCUGGUGGAUUGAAAGUACCGUUGGACCUGCCCAGUCCCGGGAGACAUUGGCCUAUAUGGCGCAUAAUGAUAUUCGCUACUGCAUCUUCAUGAUGGCAUGCCAGAAGACAGGAUAUCAGGCCUUCUUUCCUUCUACAAGAAACUCAGACGAGGCCCAUCUCCAUCUUCUAGAAGCAACAGGGUGUAACAAGCUCUUCUUCAGCCACGGAAGAGAGGCCAGGCCUUUGGAACUCCAGGCCCUCUGUCCCGGUAUGCAGGUUUUCCAAGUGCCCAGUCUGCAGACCAUUCUCAGUGCGAAGAGCGGACUGCAUCAAUGUCCUCUCCCAGCAACCUAUGCCGAAGCCGAGGACGAUGUACUAUGUAUAAUCCACAGCUCCGGGACCACGGGAUUGCCCAAGCCCGUCGCUCUCACCAACGGCUUCUUCGCAAUAGUCGACUACAUUUCGUGUAUUCCUUGGCCAACUGGUCGUCAGCCGACCCCAUUCUUCAACCUGGACUCUGAGGAACUCGUCUUGGUUACAACGCCUCUUUUCCAUCUGAUGGGACUUAUCGCCCUUGUCUUUUCCAUCUUCCACGGUACUCCAGCACUGCUAGGCCCUGACAAGCCACUCUCCGUCCACCUGUUAGUCGAAGUCAUGAAGGCCACCCGCCCAACAGCCGCCUUCUACCCUCCAUCUGUUUUGGAAGACCUGAGUCAUUCUGAUGAGGCAUUGGAGUGUCUCAAGGGUGUUCGACAUGUUUAUUUUGGUGGUGGCCCCUUGGCUCCAGAGAUUGGCGAGCGUCUGCGUAGGUAUACACAAGUGAUCUCCGUCAUAGGAGCCAGCGAGAUAGGUUGGAUCCCAUCAGUUGUGCCGGAAUCCCCCGAGGACUGGAGUUACUUUGAAUGGACCCCAUCGUACGGGAUUGACAUGCAGGGAAUCGGAGAUGACUUGUAUGAAAUGGUUAUUCCCCGGCAGCAAGACUCAAAGAGCGUCCAUGGCAUCUUCCAUACGUACCCGCACCUCGACGUCUACAGAACCAAUGAUUUAUACCAGCGACACCCCACGAAUGCGAACCUGUGGAAGUUCCAUGGACGCCGGGAUGAUGUAAUAGUCCUCAGCAACGGCGAGAAGUUCACACCGGUGGAAAUGGAGGCUAUAAUCGAAGGUCAUCCUCUUGUGGCCAAGGCAAUGGUUUUCGGCCAGUCUCGCUUCCAGGCCGGCCUCCUUGUGCAGCCAGCCAAAGAUACUGCUGAGAUGAGCACUGAACUGUUCAUCGAAGAAAUAUGGCCCAUUGUGCAGGCGGCGAACCGGACCAUCGCCGCUCAUGGACGGGUGAUGAAGAGCAAGAUCGGACUGGCGUCCAAGGUGAAGCCGUUCAAGACUACACCGAAGGGGACGUUGAUGCGGCGUGCGGUACUGGUUGACUACGAGAAGGAGAUCGAUAUGAUCUAUUCUAUUGGUGAAGACGAUCUGACUUUACCGUUCCCAGAGAACCUGGAUCAGGCCAGUAUCAUGACGUACACUCGCCAGCUAGUCACUCAUGUUUUGGGAGGCUCCAGCUUCUUGGAUAACCAAGAUCUCUACACUGCCGGGCUAGACUCGUUGAUAACGAUGCAGCUCUCCAAGAUCUUGCAGAAGGGUAUCCAGCAGCGUCGACCUGAAAUCGCACCAGAAUACAUCAACCCCCAGGUCAUAUAUGCUAACCCAAGCGUGGAGCAGCUCUCCCGGUUCAUCCAAGACUCCCUCAGUGGAAGAGCACAAACUGAGAUCCCACGGGACGAGAAGAUCCGAAAACUCGUAGAAAAGUACACAGCCGACAUUCCUGUGAGGGCAGACAAUUCUCAAACCAGACCGACAUCCCCUUCAUCAGCGAUCCUCACCGGCUCAACAGGAUCUUUGGGGACAUAUUUAUUACACAAACUGCUGAGCAAUCCAUCCAUUUCCAAGGUCUACUGCCUGAACCGAUCCAAUGCGGAGUCCCGCCACAAGAAGGGCUUCGAAGAAAAGGGGCUGGCACUGCAAACCAACGACUGGGAAACCAGAGUCGAAUUCCUCCAGGCCUCGUUCGGAGAACCCAUGUUUGGCCUGUCGGAAGCCAAGUACCAGGAAAUGUUACGGUCAGUUGAUACGAUCAUCCACAAUGCCUGGAUGGUAAACUUCAACCACUCCGUGGAGUCUUUUGAAGCCACCCACAUCCAAGGCAUGCGCCGCUUUGUGGACUUCAGUCUGGCAAGUCGGCAAAAUGCACAAAUUCAUUUUAUAUCCUCCGUCAGCACAGUGGGAGGCUGGACUUCUGAUAGGGGGUCCCCGAUACCGGAAAUUCCCCUGGAAGACAGCUCGGCAGUGCUGGCCCAGGGAUACGGCGAGUCCAAACACGUCGCUGAACGAAUCUGCCUCGAAGCUUCCCGUCGAGCUUCUGUUCGUACAUCGGUCUAUCGCGUCGGCCAAAUUGCUGGCCCAACAACCAAGUCUGGGCUUUGGAAUCCGCAAGAGUGGCUCCCGAGUAUCAUAGCGACGUCGAAGGCACUGGGGAAGGUUCCCGACCAGCUGGGUGCUAUGGUGGUUGACUGGGUGCCCGUGGAUACUCUUGCAAGCAUCGUGAUCGACAUUGUCAACAAGAGGCAUACCGAAACAACGCCCAGAGCCGUAUACCACCUCGCCAACCCCAACCCAGUGGCCUGGUCCUCGCUUAUACCAGCCAUCCAAGAGGUAUACCCGGUCGAUACGGUCAGCUUCGGCUUGUGGGUGGGUGAGCUAUCAAGGAUCCAGGAUCCCUCGCCGGCUGAGGUCGCCGAAAAGCCGGCACUGAAGCUAUUGAGCUUCUAUGAAGGCCUACAGUACUCGACCACCACGAUGUCUAUACCUCUCGGCACUGACCGAGCGCAGGAAGCGAGCAUGACGAUGAAGUCACUCGCUCCGAUCUCGGCCUCCCUCAUGCGCAAUUGGUUGGCCCAGUGGCAGUUCUGA